AUGGCGGCAAACAGAAAAUACGCUGCUCUUCCAGAUCUGGACUCGGCACCAGACAUAUACGAAACACCAGAACUCACCGAUGACGCUUCGACGAUUCCGCCCACAACCGCGCGGUCCCCUUCAGAUAACGAGUACGACGAGGAGGAAGAUGAUGCUGCUGGCAUCUCGCGGUCGCGUCUCCGCGUAGAUCAGGCCCGGUCACGGUUCAUGCCGGCGACAGUGGAUGCGAGUGACGUGGACUUUUCAGAUCGGCUGAGUGCAAAACGGAAAUCCUAUAAGACGUCAAGUCGACGACACCGGAUUUUGGAGGAUGGAACCGAAGAGCUGGGUGAUUUGAGUGAUGAGGAUGACGGUGGGAAUCUGGCACGCAAGAUUGCACGGCUGAAGCGGGAGAUUGAGGAGGCCAAGGAGGAAUACAGGAAACAGAAGGCCCUUGCCGAUGAGUCCAAGGCCGAGACGACUGCAGAGGAAGGAGAAAUUGAGUCCCUCAGCAAGGCCUUGGACGAGAUAUCGCAGGUCGGCAAGUUUCAAACGACUCAGAAGGUUCAUACAACUUCUCCCCAUGUCCCCAGUGCUGAGGAAGAACCUUCCGCUGGCCAGGGGGACGGCACCAGUUACACUAUCACAUACGCGCCAAGCUAUCAACAAACCCAUGCACUCGCCAAGGCAGCCGAUUUUGACCACCGCCUCCUCAUGCUGGAGAAGGCACUGGGGGUUGGUUCGGUCCCUAUGCCUGAAUUCGACUCAAGUGGCUUACCGCGUGCCAUCAUACCGCUUUUGGAUCAUCUACACAAGCAAAUCUCUACUUUGGCUGAUGCUUCUGUCCCCUCCCUCGACAGCAUCAGCCGCAGAGUGCGGACUCUGACCCAGGAGGCUGAAAGCCUGGAAAAGGCGAGGAAGAAUGCUAAGGCAGCCCAUGAUGCCCUUGUUGCGGCGGGAGCAGCGCCAAUACCGGAUGGCGCUGGCCGCGAGGACACAGAACAAGCGGCGAAGAUCAAUGCGCUCUACGGAACUCUACCAACCAUCGAGAACCUGACGCCCCUCUUGCCGCCUCUACUCGACAGACUGCGGUCAUUGCGCAUGAUUCAUGCCGACGCUGCAACUGCAGCAGAGACAUUGGCGCGCAUAGAAAAGACGCAGGCCGAGAUGGCGACAGACAUUCAGCAAUGGAGGGAGGGGUUGGAGAAAGUGGAAACUGCUAUCCGGAACGGAGAUGCGGCCAUGACAAAGAACAUGGACGUACUGUCGGAAUGGGUAAAGGAUCUUGAGAGUAAAAUGGCGAAAUUAUCUUGA